GAGGCAAUCACAUGUUAAGUAAUCGAUUGAUUUAACAGUCAGUUUAUUGUCUUCGGAAGCCAUGGCCAAGACCCGUCUUCGUUGUGACGCUUCUCUGUUAAGAAGACGUGUGCUGCAGUUGUUUGCGUUGAGCUUACUGGGAACCAUUGCAGUCACCAACCGGUUCUUCCUUACCCAGAGGAGAACUGUCAGCCAGCGCAAGAUUAUCCCGAUUGUCAAAUCUCCGAUAAUUGAACGGAACGGCAGAGCAUUCUUAGAAGGAUCGAACGACACAGUUCCUGAUCUGGUUCCCGGCAUGCAUCGCUACAGCAUUGUCCGUUUUGAAAAGUUUUUUGUUCCUCGUUGGGAGAGAAUUACUCCCCUUGAUUUCGUGUUCUUGCCUGCAACAAGAGGACAGUGUGAAAGCGAUCAACCAUUUCUUAUUUUCCUCGUUUUGUCCAUGACGAGAAAUUGGGAAUUGAGGAACGCUAUCCGAGAAACCUGGGGCAGCGUUAACAGAACAAACACAUGGGGAGGUAAAUAUUUACGGAAGCCCGUUCGAGUUAUAUUUGUCCUUGGUCUGAGCGGCAAUGACGACUCACUGCUACGGGAAUCCAGAAUGUAUGGAGACAUAGUCCAUGUGUCUGUUAAGGAUAAUUACUACAAUCUGACAUACAAGGUGUUGAUGGGGAUUCGGUGGGUGUACGAGUUCUGCAGACACGUGGAAUUUGUUGCUAAGGUUGAUGAAGAUACGUUCCCAGACGUUCCGGUGUUCUUGGACAUACUGACGUCAGUGAAUAUGACCAACACUAUAAUGGGGCCCUUUUUCACUUUCGGCAAAGUACACAGACAGGGCAAAUACACUGUGAGCGAUGCCUUAUAUCCAGCCCCUGAAUUCCCCCCGCAUUGUAAGGGCAACUUCUAUCUUAUGCCAACAUACCUGGCAGUCAGGAUUUUGAAGACGGCACAGCAUUUGCCCUACGGCAACAUGGAGGAUGCUCACCUUACCGGAGUCGUGGCCCGCGCCAUCGGCGGGAUUAGAUAUCGUGGUUUGACGAAGAAGCAGUACAGUACACAUUCCCCACCCGGAGUGUGUGAAUACAUCAAUGGUACAAAGAUCGUCGCACAGAAAGUUGGUCCAGAGCUGGCGAAGGAGAUCUGGAGACGGUUUAAUGACGACACACUUUGUUCUGGGUCAUGAAGCUGAAAUAGAUGAAACUUUUUUGGCUAGCUUAUAGUUGUAUGAAACAUGCCAUGCCAUAAUAUAUGUUAUUACUCUUACAGUGGAAA